AUGCAAACCUCAUAAAUUGAAAAAAAACUUUGCUAAGUGCACAAAUCAGAAAUAGUGGUAGUUGAUUUGAAGCCAUAAACCAGAUUAGAAGACAAAUACUUAUGUACAAGAUGCCUUGCUGAAAAAGUUGAUAAAGAAAAUUUGACAUUGCUCCAAGACACUAUUGAGAUGAUUUAAAGCAUGAAGAAUUAAAGCUAAAAGCUCAAUAAGGAAGAAAAUACUAUCAGACUCACAAAUAUUAAAUCAUUAUAAUCAUCCAUCAAGUCAUUCAAAGAUUACAUCAAAACUGAACUUAAUAAAUUACUUCAAUUAAUAGAUUAAUAAAUAGAAUAGAUUUAAACUGAAAUUGAAUCAAAGGAAACUAAGGAAGAGAUAAAAAAUUUUGAUGACGAACUUCUAAUUCUAUCAAAAAAUUAUAAUGGCAAUUAUAGUUUCAAUAUACCAACAGAAUAGAGUUUAAAAUAAAAAGACAUAGUCCUUGUAUAGCUGAUAUAAGAAUCACUAUUAGCUUAAUCAAAAUCACAGCAUUUUAAGGAGAUUAUGGAAUCUAUUGAAAAAAUAAAAUUCACAACACCAAACAACUAAUAGAUGAAUAUAAAUUAAAUGCCAACUAAAGAAUUUGAAUAGCAUGUAAGUUCAUGAUAUAAUAUUAGAAAACUCCUUGUCUUAAUUAAAUAUGUAGCAAACACAACAAGGAAAUAAUCAUGUUAAACCUUAAUUUGAAUGAACCUGAAUUCAGUCGACUGGCAUGUGUAGAAUGCAUUGAAGAUUGUCCUAUUUAAUACAUUAGUUUGAAAGAGGCGAAUAAAAGAUGGAAUGAAUUUAAAGGAUAAUAGACUGAUUUAAUUUCAAAACAUAAUUUCAAAAGAGAAAAAACAUUUAAUGUGGCCAUAAAAGAAAUUAAGCAACUACGAGACUAUUAUAAUGAUUAAUUAUCAGAAAUACUUACAUCUAUUAAUGAAUAAUUAAUUCAAAAUACUCAAAAUAUUAAAGAUUUUAUUAAUUUAGAAAAUAAAUAGAUAUUUGAAUUAGAAGAAAAAUAAGUUGAAAAAAUAGUUGAUUUGUUAAGUUAAAAAGAUAAAAAUAAACAUCUGCUUGAGGAGUAAGAAAAACAAGAAAGACUUGAUUAUUUGUUUUAUUAAAGUAUCAAAUAAAAAUUGGAUUGUCUAAUAAAACAUGAUCUUCUUUGUAAGUAAUAAUUGAUUAAAUUAAUGUAAUAAUAAUAAGGUACUUUUUUAUAUAUUAAUAUUAGAUUUAGAAUAAUCAGAAAGAAAUGAUUCAUAAAUUAAUAAAAAAAGUCCUGAAAUAUAUGAAUUCAUAUCAAAAUGUUAAUUGCAAGAUUCAUAUUUAUCUAUUUUUAAUGAAUCAGUUGACUUCUAGAUGGAAUUACAGAAAGAAGCGAACAAUUUAUAAUAACAAGGAUAGCUUGAGUAAUUAACUUAAUUGGAGAGUGAUAAUAAUGAGAAUGCUUAAUUUUCUUCUUAAAUGUAAUAAUAAUAUAAAAAAUUUGAAAUAAAUUCAGAAAAAAUGAGAAAAUUGAUAAAGGCAGAGGAAAAUUUUGAAUAAUUAAAAAUAAUUAA